UACACGCGUUUGCGCGUCCACGUCCGUUCGUCUGCGUCUGCGUUUGCGUUCGUUCGUACACGUUUGGGAUCCGUCCGAUCGAGUGUGUGAUCCCGUGUUGAGGUUCCUUGAUUUCGGGAUAACUGGGAGGACCUCUCAGUGCGCACAUGGAUAGUGAAUGUUAUUGAUGAUCAGCGGAUGAUUGUGGAUCAAGUGCAAAAAAAUGUGAACCAGGGGAGAUAACCCAGAUAUACCCAGUGGCCCACUUUUGAAUCUUUUUGUGGAAUACACGCACGCAUGCUGUCAGAAAAAAUUACGACGGAAGUUUAGUUUAGUGAAAAAUAGUUGAUUCAACCUAAAGGAUCAAUUGAUCCAUUGGAAAAGGAGAGUUGAAUGACCGUAACGAGGAUUGAAGAGAUUUGAAAAGUUCAAGUUCGGGGUCAACGUUUGAAAGAAGUGAUCGAGUACUGAAAAAAAGUCAAUGUUUCAUCCAUCGGAUUUCUAUCGAGAGUCGUUAAGAGUUUGCUGUACUAAUCCGGGAAUCGUUGAAUUGGUGUCAAGUUGCUGAAGGCAAAACUUGAAACUAACUCGCUCUAGUGGUUUGACCUACUUUUGGAAGAGUAGUGCCUGUUGGAGUUGGAAUCUCUCUAAGCAAACGUCUCGAGUCGACGUCAUCAAGUGGGCACACCACGGAUUAGGUUAGUGAUUUUUUCAUUCAUGAGAGCACGGUGCUAGAUCGAUCGGCUGCGAAGAGAAAUUGUGAGAGAAGCACCGCACCGAAGAAAGUUUCCCUCUAAGAGGAGCCCUAGCUAAGUCGUGCAAGCCUACUUUGAUGGGGUUUGUUGAGUGCUAGUUGGCAGUUGCGUGCGAAGAAUUUUGAAAUUACUUAAACCCUAAAGGUGUGUGACACAUUGAAGGAAGGGAAUGAAAAGAGGUGUUCCAGAAUAUGGCACGGGAGUGUGAAGCAAAUUGAAUCACGGGAGCAUAAAUAAACAAAAGGGAACCGAAGUGAGUGAGCCGCGGUACGCGCAUUUAUGAAUGCGGUUGACCUGAAUAUUAGACUACACGCCAUUGUUGCUGCGAUUUGCAUUUAAUUGUGUCAAAGCAGGCUCGGUGCUUGCUGGAUGAUAUGUGUUAAUUAGAUUUGCGAACACGGCAACAGAAGCAGCGAAUGCGCUAGCUACUACGGUGAAAGAGUCAACAAAGCGGGGCAGCCGAAGAGAUUGAGGUGGCACAGCAUAGUGUGACGGCGAGAGAAAGAAGAAAACAUAUCGUACACCGACUGAGACCAGUGAUCUGAUUAGAGGAACCGCAGCAGCAGCAGAGCUUCCCAUUUUUUCCCCGUCCGGUGGCGUAAAGCCUAUACACAUUGUGGCGACCGUGAUACGCGUCGCGAACGAGAAAACGAUAUGCUCAGGUGAAAAGAGAAUGAGGGAAAAUUAAAAAUGUAUUGAGGUAACAACUGGAGCUAAUGAGAGCAAAUCCAAAUCCCACGGAGAUUGUACCCUCUGCUGGUGGAAAUUUACCGGAAGAGCUUCCCAAUUUUUCCAUCACCGAGUUUGACAAUAGUGAUCUAGAUCGACUACAGAUUGAGUUUGACAAGUGUCAAAUGUCGUGAGUUAUCGAAAGUGAAAAGUGUAUGUGUGCGUCUUUGGUGACGCAAAUGCAAACUACUUCCGAAUGAGAGUGUGAAUUCCCAAUAUCUGCAACACUAUCUUUUGGGGAAAAAAAGGAAUCGAAAAUAAUCGUCAUUGAUUUCUAAAUUUUACACUAAGAGGCUUUCGUUUCUACAACUCAUUUGGACUACCCCGAAAAAUAUUUGACAAAAAACUUUCUUUUUCUGAACGCGCAGGGGGAUCCACCGGAAGUGAGAUCCUUCAAGGUAAUCUUAAAAACGAACUUUUCUCUUCUACUGGUUUCUCAAGCGAGAGAAAUAACUUGAUUGAUUGAAUAAAAAAAAAACAGAAAAGUAUUGUGUGAGUGUCCAUUGACCUGAAACCGUCGACGUUGUUGACUGUCGGUAGCAACAUUUUUCGUUGUCACCACCUGUUUCCUUCUUUGAGACAUCAACGGAGAAGACUCUACGCGCGAGUUCGGUGAACUUCGCUGAACGCGACUUCUAGGAGGAGGAGCAGACGGAGAAUUUGCAACCUGCUACUUACUGCAGUCGUCCUUUUUUCACCAGUUGGUUAUGCAAGUCGCAGAACCAUGCGCUACCGGAACCUUCAGCUCCAGACUUAAGUUGAUUGACGUGACGACGAGGAGUACGACGACGAUCGGGACGACGCCAUCGCGUUACAAUCUUGGAGCAGGUGAGACGAUCUGAAAACCCCUGAUGGUGAACUGCAAAAUGGGUUCGCAAAAUGAUUCGGAGGUCGAGAGUUUGCUGAUGAGUCCGUGCUGGAAUCAGUCCGGGGGUGUUCAGGAUCAGUACCUGCUCGAUGGGCACAAGUUGCUGCUGGAGGCGGACCUGGAGUCGCUGCCGAGCGAUUCCGAGACGCAGAAGAGUUCGAUGGAUGUGCUGGAGAACUUGCUGUUAAAUUCGAGUUCGAUCAACAGUAGUAACAGUAGCGACGAGGAUGUUAAGCCAUUGCCGUCGUUUACCUCGUUCAAUACCGGGCAUCUGUCGAUCAAUGGGAUAUCGGGGUAUCAUUACACGGCCAUUGCCCAGAGGUUACCAGAGGAGAACAAUAACUACACGCAAAAUGGGUCGUUUCAGAAUGGGACGAGUCAGGGAAGUAAUGGGGACAAUAACAUAGUGUCGUCGUCAACCUGCUUGCCAGAUUCGGUGCUCAAUCCGGAUGGGAAUGGGGCCGAUAGCUGCCUGCAGGAUGUGAAGCUCUUCUCGGACAGCUCGAUUGAUGGGAAAAUCUACUCUGCCAGUGCCGAUAGCUGCGUGAUAAGUGGCCCGGACUCGGUGUCCGGAGCGCGGAUAUUUGUAGAUUCCAAAGAGCUGUCUGAGUACGACAUGAGUUCGAUCGAAGACAUUGCGGCGAUCAUAGGAUCAGCAAUAGCGGACACUACGGUCCCGAACAAUAAGGUAGAGAAGAACGAUGGCGACGAUACGCGGGACUCGUGGAUGGAUUUGGACGCCUGGAUAGAAGGGACCUGUACUACCCCCGAAAGUAAACUGAUAGUGUCCCAGCAGGACGCCCUCAGUGAACUGAUCCUACCUCAUUCUCCAGUCCACACGUCCGGAUCGACGCUGCAGAGUCUACUGACCCACGGCUACAUGCCGCUGCUACAGAACCGGCUUCAGAAUGGUCCACCCAUCAAACUGGAAACGCCCACCUCGACGUCCUACUGCGGCGAGCUAAUCUCGACUUCAACUAGUCCUCCAGGUUCGGUAGUAUCGACUACCGAUAACCUGAUCCUCAACGGAAGGUACCUGCAAAAUCAUCAAAACUCUCACUUUGCCCUGACUAUGGGCCUCAAACCGGACGGCCUCUGCAGCCCGGAUCUCAUCGGAAACUUCCCCCAUACCACUACCACGAGCCCUACGACACCAAAAAAUAAACGAAGGUCCCACGGCAAACCGACCCACAAAACCAAUGGUCACGGCCAUCUACAGAACCACCAGAACCAGUCUUCUGCGCUGCAACAAUCGGCCGUCAUAUCGGUCCAGCAGCAGCAACAACUCUCCGCAGCAGCUGCCGUAGCCGCACAAACCCAAGCCGCCCUCAGCUUCCAGGCGGCGGCCAGCGAACUCAGCGGCCUCCUCGGCAAGGACAAACCCGUCCAUCGGUGUAACAUCUGCAACCGGGGGUUCCUCAACAAGAGCAACAUCAAGGUUCACCUGCGGACGCACACCGGCGAAAAGCCCUUCCGAUGCGAAGUCUGCGCCAAGGCCUUCCGCCAGAAGGCUCACCUGCUCAAGCAUCAGCAGAUACACAAACGGAUUGGGCGGGAUUGACCAUUAGCAGCAGUGGUGGUCUCGACGUCCGCAUCCGGCCGGAAGCGAUCCUCAGCCACCUACUGCGCCCAACUGUCAAACUCAAACAAUAACAAUAACAGUAACCAUACCAACCUCCAACAACAACACCACCAUCAAUCGCUGGCGGCAGCUGUCAUGGCCGCCACCAAUAACAACAAUAACAACUCCCAGCAGCAGCAGCAACAGCAACAGAUCCUGAACAUUGCCGGAGACUGUCUAACCGAUAGUAAAAAGUUUCGAUUUGUUCCGUUUGUGUGACAAAAUGCGUACCUCAGGAAGGUAUGAGCAGGAGUCCGUCCGGUGAACAUCUAUUGUUAACCUCCUCUGUACAUAGUGGAAAAUUUAUAUUGAAAAACAAAAACAAGAGUAAUUUAUUUGCGGAUAGCUGCCUGGUGGAUCAUCCGAAUAAUAGUAAACCUGAAAACCGAAAACAGUGCUUAGUUUGUAAGAGAGAAAUAAUUUAUUGUGUAGACAAACCCGGAUGCAACCGUAAAACCAGAAUGCUGCCCCAAAAGAGAAACAAUGACAUACAUUUUUUUUUUUUUCAAAAAAUGAAGUUUGUGAUUGAUUGGAAAGAUAUAAUUGUGAGGAAUUAACGUUCUCAACCAAUUUUGGGUAGAAAUUUGAUUUUUUUGUUAUUUAAGCUAGUAAAUAUUACUAUUAUCCGGCUCGAAGGACCGUGUUAAAAGAUUGCCUUGCUGAACAUUUUCCAAAAAUGCUUAGAUAGAAAUUCAGCUUUCAAAAAGGCGUCUUCUCAAUCCAAACUAAAUGCACUCUCCUUUUUUUUAAAUUACAAAACUUGGGUUUUGAAAUUACUUGUAAUCACCAAACUAGCUCUUUAUUGACUAACCUUUACCUUUUUCACAGAUGAUUUGGCAAACAACUCUGACGUUUCCAACCUUUACCUCAAGGAUUGAAAAUAGCUCAUGUGUUAAACUUUUAACUUCAAUCCGGAGUGAAAAAUCUUAUAAAAAACGUUUCUUAUCGCGUGGAAAAGAAUGAUCGGUUUAUAGAAAAAAUUUCCGUUUGGAAACUAAACACGUUGAACACUUGAUAUGUGUUCAGGUGAAUCGAAAUUUCGUCACUGAGUUUGAUUUUUUUAUUGGAUUUUUGAAGUACCGUUUUUUUUUUUAAAUAAAAAUGGUACUGCUCCUAAAUACUUUAUGGAUUAAGUGAGAGUUUAACAUCGAGCAAUCCACCAAUAAAUCAAGAAUCAGAAAUUGAGAAUUUAGGUCUAAAAACUUGAUUUAAUUCAGCAGUGCUUAGAUUUUCUUAUAACUCGUUAUUUUCCAUGCCUCCUUUAGAAUUGGAACAACUGAUAAUACUUGGAACUUCACAAUACUCAAUAUAAAACUUUGAACUUAAUGCCUUAAAAUCAAAACACGCACCUACGAACUCAUUGCUCAAAAUUCAUAACUCAAAAUCAGAACUCAGAUAUUCCGACAAUGCGCUAACAUAAAAUACGCUUUUUAUAACUACGAACUGCGAAAUGAGCGCGAUAACUUUUAGUUUAAUUUUGUAAUCCAACUUUUGAUGCAAAGGCCAAUAACUUGAUCAACUAUUGUAGAAUAAAAAAUCAAACUUUAAAGUUAUUCAUUGAAAUUAAGCAAGACUUUAAACAAAGUUCCCAAAACUCAAAACACAAAAUUUGGAACUCAAAAACCCUUAAUUUUAAAAUUUCGAGCUGUGAGUUCAUAAACUAGAAGUGUGAGCUUUGACCAAAGGGUUUCUUUAGGAUAAACAACAGAAUAACGAAAUCAGAAUUUAAAACACAAAAUCUAUAACCCAAAACUUAAAAUGAUUUCUGAUGAAAUCAGAUUUUAAAACUCAGAAUCAUGUGAUCAAAAUUAGGAAUUCAACAGUUAACACGCCGAUCUUAUGAAUUUCACAAGUUAUAAUUUAAAAUUAUGACUUCUGAGUUGAGCUCUCAGAGCUCUUAGAACUCAGAACUAAGAUCUCAAAACUCAGAGUUAAGAACUCAGAGAAUACAAAACUUUGCAGUCCCCAGUAGCCGAGCAAAAUUUCUUCGUAGAUCUACGGAUUUUGAGCACUUCUACGGAUCCACGGAUCGAUGUUCGAAAUCUACGGAUUUUCAGCAUUUCUAAGGAUAAGCGAUUCGAAUUGUAUUCGUGUGUUGCCCUAGGGCGUGUCUGAGAUUAUUCCGUCGCACUCACGCGUAUGGUGUGUUCCUCUCUGUCAAUUAGAUGAUGGAAAACCGCUAGCGAGAUCGUAACGAUCCCUCUGACGAUUUGAGUUACAUCUCUGCCGAUUAAUGUUUACGGGGUCUUGACUCAGAAUUUAUAGUUCGGGACUCAGAACUCAUACUUCAGCCCUCAGAGCUUGAAAUGCAGGACCCAAAACUCAGAAAUAAAAACUUGGAUCACAGAACUCAAAACUCGAAAUUCAGAACUUAAAACUCAAAACAUGGAACUCAGAUCUCUGAAAUCAAAACUGGGCACUCAGAGAUUUGAGCUCUGAGUUGUCAGUUUUAUGUUCUUAGUUCAGGAUUACGAAUUCUGAGUUCAGAUUUCAGUGUUUAGAACUCUGAGUUCUCAGCUGUGAGUUCGGGUUAGAUGGAAAUACUCACAUCUCGAAUAACAAUACUCAGAACUCAGAGCUUAGAUCUUGGAGCUUAGAACUUAGAGCUUAGAACUUAGAGCACUAAACUCUAAAAGAGCUCAGAAUUCUUAGAGCAUAACACGAAAAUCAGUACUCAGAACUUUGAGCUUUGAAUUAUUAACUCAGAACUCAGAGCUUAAUGCUCCAAGCUCAGAAUUUAGAACACAGAAAGAAGUUUUCAAAUCCUUAAACUCUGAAAUCAGAAUUAAGAACUUAAUGCUUAAAAAUCCGAAGUUAAAAUAUAAUAGGGCUUGUGACUUAAAAAAGCUCACCGUACAGAUUUCGAAACUCAAAACUCAGGAGUUGAAAACAAUCGAAAUUCAAAUUCCGGAACUUUCAGACUCAAAGCUUACUAAGAAUUCAGAAUUCAUAGCUAGCAAUUAAAUUCUGAAAAAACUCAUAACUUUAAACCAAAACUGUGAAUUUAUAACUUAGAACUUAGGAUUGAGAACUCAGAACCUAAAAACUUAGUCGCAAAACUCAAAACUCAGAACUGAGAUCUCUGAAAUCAAAAAUGGGCACUCAGUGUUGAGAUCUCUAAGAAAAAUUUUCAGAACUCAAAGCUUAGAACUUUGAACUUAGAGUUGUAAACUCUAAAAAGAGCUCAAAAUUUUAAGCUCAUAACUCGAAAAUCAGAACUCAAAACUCUUAGCUUUGAAUCCAAAACUCAGAACUCAGAGCUCAAUCUUCCGAGCUCAUAGUUUUUAACUUAGAAAGCCGCAUCCAGAAGUCAAAACUCCAAAAUCAGCAUUACAAACAUAUAACUCUAAAAUCAGAACUAAGAGAAUCCAAAACUAAGAGGGCCCUAUUACAUAAGGCGAGUCACGAGUCAUUUUACUCGAGUGAUCCAUUUUGGCAUUAUAGUAGUCGAAUCGAGUCAAACUUCAGUCGAGUAGCUCGAUUGAGUCGACUGCUUGAAAGUUCGUGACUCAGCUGUCACGAUUAAGCGAGCCAAGUUUGUUUUGGUAUGGUCCUGCAUCAGAGGCGCCAGGUGUCCUGAUUUAUCAGGAUUUGUCCUGAUUUUCGAGAGACCGGAAAUUCUAAAAAUAAAAAUGUUUGAUUUUCUCACCAUUUCAUAAUGAAUUAAGUUAUAAUUUAGCUAUCUUUUGAAAAAUCAGGACAAAUUAGGACAUUUUAGAGGGCUUUUUUAAAAAUAAGGACAAUUCAAGCGUUUCUGAAAAAUCAGGCCUCUCGAAAAUCAGGACAAAUCCUGAAAAAUCGGGACACCUGACACCCCUGCUGAUGUUUGACAUAAGGAAAUAUUUCAAAUACGGUUUGAAAAAUGACAGUCGCCAUUCGAGCAGUUUGUCGCCAUUCGAGCAGUCGAAAUUAAUUCGAUCAGUUUCACUCGACUACCAUAAUACGACAUUUAGCUCGACUCGUCAGUGACUGGAGUCGAGUCGAGUUGCUCGACUCGUUUUAUGUAAUAGGGCCCAUAAUAAUGUUUGUGAUAUAACUCAGUUCGCAAAUCACUUGCCUCCUGCCCAAGAUUUAUUACAACGACAAUGAUCAAAACCAAAAAAAUAAUAACCUUGAACUCAAAAUUUAUUAUAAGUUAUUCUGACUCAGUACUUUGAAUUCAGAACUUAGAGUUCAAACUCAGAUCUUAGAUUUUGAAGCUCAGAACUCAGAGCUUAACACAGAAUCCGGAACUUUAAAACAUAAAUCUUACUUAGAAUUCAGAACUCAAAGCUCGGGAUUCAAUCCAAAAAAAAAGCUCAGAACUUAGAUCCAAAACUGAGAGUUUAUAACUGAGAACUCAGAACUAAGAACUUUGAACGCAGAACUCAAAACUCAUAGCUCAGAACUUAGAACUUAAAACUAUAUUCAGAACUAGAACUUAAAGAUAUAUUCAGAACUCAGAGCUUUGAACUUAGAGCUCUGAACUCUUAAAAAGAACUCAGAAUUCUAAGCUCAUACUCGAAAAUCAGAAUUAAUAAACACUGAGCUUUGAAUUGAAAACUCAGAACUCAGAGCACAAUCUUCCGAGCUCAGAAUUUAGAACUCGUAAAGCAGCUUUCAAAACUCGGAACUCAGAGCUCAGAAUUAGGAACAUUAAACUGUAUAAUCAGAACUAAGAGAAUCCAAAACUAUUUAAGAUAUAAUUGGGCUUGUGAUAUAACUCAGUUGACAAGUUUGUUGCCUCCUGAUCCGAUGUCCGUGAGUUCGAGCCAAAAAUUUAUUAAAAAGACUCAUAACUCGGAAAUCAAAACACAGAACUCAGAGCUCAAUCAACCGGGUUCAGAAUUUAGAACUCAGAAAGCAGCUUUCAGAACUCAAAACUCAGAAUAAGGAGCAUAAAACUCUAAAAUCCGAAUUAAGAGAAUCUUAAACUAAGAUAUAAUAGGGCUUGAGAUAUAACUCAGUUGGCAAGUCAGUUGACUAUAAUCGAAACAAAAAAAAAUGAAAUGGUAACCCUGAGCUCAAAAUUUAUAACUAAGUACUCGAACUAUACUCUAACAUCACAACAUAGAGCUUAAAACUCAGAACUUAAAUUUCGAAACUCAGAACUCAGAGCUUAAAACUCAGAUUUCGGAAUUCAUAACUCAGGAAAAAAAUCCAAUUUCAGAAUCCGGAAUUUUAAAACUCAAAAUUAGCUUAGAACUCAGAACUCAUAGCUUGGAAUUUAAUUCUUAGAAAGCUUAAAACAUAGAACCAAAACUGAGAGUAUAUAACUGAGAAAUUAGGACUGAGAACUCAGAAUUAAGAACUCAGAACGCAGAACUCAAAACUAAGAAUUCAGAACUUAGAACUCAAAACUCAGAACUCAGAUAUCUGAAUUCAAAACUUGGCACUCAGCGAUGAGAUCUCAAAGGAAAGUGUUCAGAACUCAGAGCCUUGAAUUUGGAUCUUAGAACUUAGAGCUGUUAACUCUAAAAAGAACUCAGAAUUCUAAGCUCAUAACUCGAAAAUCUGAACUCAGAACUCUGAGCUUUGAAUUGCAAACUCAGAACUUAGAGCUUCUAGCUCAGAAUCUAGAACUCAGAAAGCGUCCUAUGUCGUGAGACGGAAUACUAUAAAAAUAAAAAUAAAAAAUUCAUAAAUAGAGCAACAUUCAGAACUCAGAACUGUUCCUAAAACUCUAGAAUCAGAACUAAGAGAAUCCAAAAGUAAGAUAUGAUUGUGCUUGUGAUAUAACUCAGUUGGUAAGUCAGUUCCGUGCUGAGCCAGUGUCCGUGAGUUUAAGCCCAAGCUUUGUUAAAACGACUAUAAUCGGAACAAAAAAAUGAAAUAAUAACUUUGAACUCAAAAUUCAUAACAAAGUAUUCAGAACAAAGCACUUUAAAUUCAGAACUAAGAGUUAAAAGCUCAGAACUGAGAUUUCGAUACUCAGAACUCAGAGCUCACACUCAGAUUUCGAAACACACUACUCAGGAAUUAAAAAGAAUUGAAAUUCAGAAUCCGGAGCUUAAACAUUCAAAGCUAACUUAGAAUUCAGAACCCAUAGCUUUGAAUUUAAUUCUUAAAAAACUCGGAACUUAGAACUAAAACUGUGAAUUUUUAACUGAAAACUUAGAGCUGAGAACUCAGCACACCCAGAACUCAAUACUCAGAAUUAAGAACUUAGAACUCAAAACUCAGAUCUCUGAAAUCAAAAUGUAGCCCUCAGUGCUAAGAUCUCAAAGAACAAUGCUCAAAACUGAGAUCUUAUAACUUGGAGCUCAGAGCUUAGAGCUUGGAACUAUAAACUCUAAAAAGAACUCAUAAUUCUAAACUCAUGACUCGAAAAUCAGAACUCUGAGCUUUGAAUUUAAAACUCAGAGCUCAUAGUUUAAAACUACAAAGUUUAAUCCAAACUUCCCUAUAACCCGAACUCAGAGCUCAGAGCUCAGAGUUCGGAACUCAGAGUUUUAAACAAUGAACUCUGAACUCAGAACUCUUAAUUUUGAACUAAAAACUGAAAACUUACAAAUGGAUUCUGAAUAUUAAAAAAAAAAUCACUGAAUUCGAAACUCUAAACUUAAAAUCUGAACUCAGAACUCAGAGUUCUGAGCUCAGAAUAUUCAGAACUCAAAAUUUAGAAACUAGAAGUUAGAACUGAUUGCUCGGAGCUUAUAGUUCAGUACCUGAAGAUUUGAAUACAAGACACAGUUCUAAAAAACUUAGUGAUCAGAAUUAGAACUCAUUCCAAAAUUUCAUUAGAUUGAAUUCUUUGAGAACUCAGUACUCGGAAACCAGAUUCCGAAACUCCAGAUUCAAGCCUCAAGACAGUUCACAAAAAAAUCAAGAACCAGAUUUUAGAACUUAAAUCUCAAAUUCAAAAUAAAUAUCAAAUUCUUCAGAAUUCAGAACUUAGAACUCAAAAUUCAGAUCUCUGAAAUCAAAACGGGCCACUCAGUGUUGAGAUCCCAAAAUAACCCUUCUUAGUACUUGGGCUUAGAACAUAGAGCUCUAAACUCUAAAAAGAACAUAGAAUUUAGAGCUAAAAACUCAGAGUUCUAAACACUGAACUCUUAACUCUGAACUAAGAACUAAAAACUUACAAAUCAGCAUUCUGAAUAUUCAAAAAACAAAUCACUGAAUUCGAAACUCUAAACUUAAACUCUGAACUCAGAACUCAGAGCUCUGAGCUUAAAAUACUCUCAGAACUCAAAACUUAGAAACUAGAAGUUAGAACUGAUUGCUCUGAGCUUGUAGUUCAGUAGCUUAAGAUUUGAAUACAAGACACAGCACUAAAAAACUUAGUGAUCAGAAUCAGAACUCAUUUCAAAACUUCUUUAGAUUGAAUUCUCAGUACACGGAACCCAGAUUCCGAAACUCCAGAUUCAAGCCUCAAGACAGUUCACGAAAAAUCAAGAACCAGAUUUUAAAACUCAAAGAGCUCAACAUUUUUAACUUUCGCUGAUUCGCUGAUGCUAUUUUUAGCUCCAAGGUUUCCGAAAUCACAAAAAAAAUCUGUAAUUUCACAGAAUUUUUAAAUUUCCUAUCGACUGAUCCAGUAACGUGGAAAAAGUUUCUCGGCGAUUUCAGUCACAAAAAAUCAUAAAAGGAUGUUUAUUUACUCUGACGUUUCGGCAUGUUUAUUUUGCCUUUAUCAAGUAAUUUUUGGGACCUAGAGAAUUGUAGGAGCUAGUCGAUAAGGUAGUUCCAAGCAAGGUUGCCGUAAAAAAAUCUGAAUUUGGCGAAAAAAAAAUUCUGGAUUUUUGAAAUUUUACCCAAAAAUUCGGUGAUGGCUUUUUGUGAAGUUAUUUUGUUAUGUUUGAUUCAAAAUUUUUAAAAAUUCUACUUGAGCAAAAUCAAUUAUCAUUACUAAUCUCAUCACAGUUUUCUAACCAGAACUUAGAAAUACGAAAUUUAUAUUGAAAUGAUAAAUGAAAACUUUGGGAACACGAUUAAACUUUAAAAAAUCUGUGAACAUUCCCAAAAUUCUGUGAUGAAAUUUUGAUUAGCACAAAAUUUUGUGAAACCACAGAUUUUUCUGUGAUUUCGGCAACCUUGCCGUGGACUCAUUAAACUUCCUUAACCUAGUUGGAAGCGGCAGGAUUCGAUCAUCGAUCGUCUGAUCACAAAUCAAACACGCUAGCUUUAGGCUAAACGAUCACCCCCAGACUCUGAGGACAGAAUCCAAAAUUCAGAAAUAUUAAUAGAAUUUUCAUAUUACAAUCAGAACUCGAAGAACAAUCAUUCAAAGCUAGAAGCGCAGAGCUCAGAAUUCUUUAGCUCUGUUCUCACAUCAGGAUUGACACAACUUAGACUUCAAUGCCUUUAAAUAAAGAGGAAAAUCAUAAUUCUGAUUUAAGAAGAUUGGAACACUCAAUAAACUUGAUUUCAAUCUUCAAAAUAUUGCCUUAAGAUAUCUUAAUAAAAUUCUUCAAAAACGUUCUAGGAAAAUCAUUGCUUAUAAACAACAAUAUUCAAAUUAAAAGUUUUAAAAAAUAUAUCGCUGAAUGAAAAAUUUGGCACUCAUGAGACUCAGAUCCAAUAGCUAAGCUUCCAAAAAGCUUAGCUAUUGCAGUUUACCCUAUUUCGGAGUUCAGUUACAAAUCGAAAUUCAAAUGUCCUACUGAGAAGUAAAAACUUAAAACUCCAAACUCAAGCCUGAACCUAAAACAUUAAAAAUUUAAAGACUAAAAUCGAUUUUGGUCUACUUAAACGACCAGUUCUUAAUUUUUUGCAGAUUUAAAAUUCACAAUGAUAUUUUUCCAAACAAUCACGCUUCACUGACGUUAUUAGAUUAAUCGAAAACUAUCCCAAUCAUUAUGCGAAAAUGUAAAACAGAUAAAAAAAACUCUGAAUAGUAAAAUAUUCCUAAGCACAUUCAAAUCAUCACGAGAUAACCACCACAACCACAAAACACAAAAUGUAAACCACACUUUCUACAAUCACCAAAAAGAAAUGUAAACUCAAUUCACCAUUUGUAACCUAUCGUGCGCCAUAAGAUGUUAGAAGCAAAAUUUGAAAAUGAUUGUAAGUCUUUCGAGAAAAAAAAAAAAAUAGGAAGAUUAACGUUCAAAUUUAUUAAAAUUUGAAUCACUGUAACCAGUUCUUCUGACAAAAAUCGGUUAAAAAUAAACAAUUGAGGAACCAAAUUCGUCGUACGAAUAUUGAUCAGUGAAAAUUAGUCUUUAGGAAGAUAAAUUUAAAAAAAAAUGAAAGCAAAGCACCCAGAAGAACUUUAUAAAAUAGUAAAAAAAAACAAUCAAUGAAUAAUUGUAUCAAUACUAGCCAGUAAGAGUAAGUAAAAGUAUGGAUAAAAAAAAUUAAAGAAAGAAAGAAAACACAAGUGCAAUUUUUAACAUUAAUGAUCUUUAUUUAGUCUAUUUGUCUCUUUUCUCUCGUGUAUGUUAGUUUACGCAUGUUGAUUUUUCCCCCCAGCUAAGCGCUUCCUUGUAAAGUACCUAGUAGAAGAAAAAAAAAGUUUGGCCACUGCAGAACUUUUAUUGUUAUUCGAUUAAGAUGGUGAGAAAAAAAAUCUAGAAGCAAAAUAAAUCUACUUAUCACCGAUUGUUCAUUUUUGUUUCCUCAGCUAUCUACUUAAGUCUUCUGUUGUUGUUUUUUUUCUGUCUUCACUUCCAGCAGUGUAAGUGCAAAAACACUCAAAGUAUUCCCCCCCUGUAAAUAGUUAGUGCUAGCCAGUAAAGCGAAUCGAGAAGAAAAUUAAGUCCAUUAUUAUUUUUCGAAAACGAAAAAAAAACGAAAAUAUUAAGCGAAUGAGUGUGGACUUAAAGAAGAAAUUAGCAAAUGAACUCGGAACAAAAUUACUCAGAAACCUUUAGACGCAAGACGUGUGUUGUAGCGAAAAUCUAAUCUGUAUCUUUUGUAAGUGAAAAACGAUUUAAAACGUAGGUCAAUGUAAUUUAAGUUAUUUUCUGAGCCGAUGGUUGCCGGGCAGUCGAAAUAGGGUUUGGAUUAUUUGCCCCAAUGAUGUUACAUUUCUUGAAAAAAAUUUCAAAACCCUUUCAAAAAAGAUAUUUAAAAUAACUCAAACAAGUGUUUAGUCAAAAUUUAAUCCAAGCAUGAAAACUGUGGAAAUGUUUUAUAGAAGCUUCGACAAUAGCUCGUUAUCCAUCGGUCGGCAUAGGUUAUUAUUAUUA